AUGAAGAAUCUAUUUAAACAACUUCUUUGUAUAAAAAAUUAUAUUAUUGGUAAUUAAUUAUUCAAUUUUAAAUCAUCCUUAAUUAAUAAUUUAAAAAACUUUAGGAAUUUAGACUUUUAAAGUAACUUUGUUCUUAAAUAAGAUAUAGAAGCUGACUAAAUUACUUUAAAAAUGAGAGAGGAAAAUAUAUUUGCAAAUCACUCUCUAAAAUUAAUAGAUAGAGGAACUAGAUAUAGAACAUCAAUUAGGAGAACAUAUACUAAUUAAGAUAUAUCUGAUGUUUAUAUAUCAUAAGAUAUCAUAAUUAAAGGGAAAGAAGUACAAUAUGAAAAAGUACUUGUUAGUCAAGUUGGUUAGUUUUUCAUUUUUAUUUCAUCUUCAGCAGGAUUUAUGAUAAUGAUAUAUUAUCUUUGUUCACAAUUUUAUGAAAGCUAUAUGUAUCAUUACAAUAUUUUAGAUACAAUAAAUGCAAACUUUGAAAUUCCUUCUAAUUUGCUUAGAGAAGAUGACAAAAGAAAAGGAGAGUAUAAAAUAGAGAAAGAUAUUUCUGAAAUACAUAUCAAUAUAAAAGAAAAUAAAAGUAAAGCUUAGCAUGAGCAACAACUUUAUAAAAUUGGAUAUUUCUAGUAUUGCUUGAAGUAUUUUUUUAUAAGCAUCAUAGGCAAAUAUAAAAAAAUUUAAUUAAAUGAAAUGAGCAAAUUUUAAUAUUUUAACCAGGCAAAGGCUAAAAUUUUAUAACAAUUAACUUUCAGCUAAAUGAUCUUGCAAGCAAAUUAGUAAUAUAAAAUCAAAUAAUUAAUUUUUAAUAAUGAGUAAAAUUAAAUAUUUAACACUUUGAAUAAAAUUAAAUUAGAAGGAGAUGAAAAAAGAAAUUUCUAAAUCAGUUAUGUCAAUCAAGCUGAUUCGUAAUUUGCAGAUUAUAAAAAACCAAUUAUGUAAAACUAAAAUAAAACAAUAAAUAGCAGUAUUGAAAACAACAAUUUCUGCUAAAAAUCAAAUUUUAGGCAUUUGCAAUUAAGUAAAUUAAACGAGUGGAAGGACUUAUUCGCUUUAUUUAUUGAUUAAAAACUUUAAGAUGAAGUAAAUAAACUUAGCAAUUAAUUCAUGAAUAAAAACCAAAAAUUUUCAAAAGAUGCUUCACUUAUAAAUUUUGUUCAUUAUGAAAUUGACAAAAAGCAAAUACCAACUAAUGAUAAUAGUCCAGUUAAAAUAAGGUAGCCAUCCUAUAAUAAAAGAGAUUUUAACUAACCUAGAAGAAGUUUGAUAGAAAGUCCUUCAAAUUUUAUUAGUAAUAAUAGAUUUUCUUCAACUAUUUUCAAUAUGACUAGUAAAUCUCCAACUAGCAAAUAAGAAUUAUUUAAAGAUUCAUCUCCGAAAUCAAUUAUUAAGUAAAGGAGAAGAACUAAUUAACUUUAGGGAUUUUAAAAAGAAUAGCAAUUCAUAAACUCUGUAAAUAUAAAUUCUCCAAAAAAUAUAAAUAUUGAUUUUAAUUAACAUUUCCAGUAGUUCAAAUAAUAAAGUAUUCAAUCUCCUAAUUAAUUACAUCUAAAGCUAAGUAAAGCAAUUAACACUGAAGAAAACUAAUAAGAAUCUACUUAAUCCAAAAAUUAAAGCUAGAAUUAAUUUGAUAUAAACACCUGCUAAGAAAUCUAAUAAGAUAAAACCAAAGCUAAUUAAACAAAUGCUAGUUAAUUAAAUUUUUAAGUCCAUGAGUUCAAUUAAAUGAUUUAGAGCGAAAAGGAGUAUAUAAAUGAAAAUGAAAAUUAAAACGACAUAAUUAACUAAGAUAAAAACCAAUAAGAUGCUAACAAAUCCAUAGAUAGGAGAAGUAGUACAAGUAAUGUCCUAGUUGAUUUUACUACAUAUUAAUAAUUUAUAAUAAACGAUAUGAUCAAAUAGUAGCAGAUGUAGGAAUAAAUAUAUUCUAAAAAAAGAUCGAAUUCUUUAAAUUUUCAUGGUGUUUCCCCUAUAACAAAAAAGUCAACAUAAAGAAAUUGUAUAUAAGAUGAUCAGCAAGUUGAUUUGAUCAUUUCUUUAAAUUGUAUUUCACCUUAAGGUAAAAAAAAUAAGCAUAAUACAAGUCCAAAUAGAAGUUCAGAUGAGAAUCUUCACUGUGAUAAGCAAACAAUAGAUUCUCACAAUAAUUAGCUUCAAUUAAGUGAAAGGAUUGACUAAAAAAAAGAUAAUCUGAUUUGUAUUUUUGAUGAGUCUAAAAGAUCUAACUCACCCUCAAAAAAUGAUUUUAAAAAUCCUAUAGAGUGUAAAAAGGAAAUUAGUAAUUUACUUCUAAGUAGUUAGAAUUGCAGUGAGGCCGAAGUAUUAGAAAAGAAUAAGAGAAUAACAUUUGAAAAUACUCAACCUUAGUAUUUUAUCCAUUCCUUAAAUGACAUUUAAGAAAAUAUAAUCUUCAACAAUUUGGAUGAAACUAACUAAGAUUAAGUAGUUAAUAAAAAUUAAUUUCUCAAAUCUUAUGUUUUUUCGCCAAGCAUUAAACUCUAAAGUUUAUAUUUGAAGAGCUAAGAAACUGAAAAAAACUCUGAUUUAGGCAAAAUUUGA